CCGUUAUGCGGAGGAGGAGCGACUCGAUGCAAACUGCUAUCAGUUCUGUUUUAAAAGUUAAAAAUUAACGGGCCCAUCAGAACCAGAACAGGGACCAAACACACCCCUAACAGGUUGCCAUGGAAACGCCUCACACACACACGCACGCACCCACACACACGCUCUUCAGUCUCCGGGUUUUGUGGCGGCAGCAGCUUCCUCCGUCCAUCAGCCUCCAACGGCUCGACGCAGAAAAACAAAAAGACUCGGAGAACUUGUCGACUCGGUUCGAGUCUCAAAACGAUCGGAACUCGACGACCCAAGUCGCUUCAUCGCCUCGAAUCGCUCUCAGGAGGGUUUCCCCCUCAACUCUGCUCCCCACCAGGAAGAAUACAUUUACAGAGAGAGAGAGACAACAGAGAGGAGGAGGAAGAGGAGUCAUUUAUAAUUCAGAUGAAGGGACUCCGCCUAAUUGUGCUGCUGAUGAAACCAGGUGUCAUCAGGUGAAGAGUGCGCGGACUGAAGCCCGCUGCAGGUGGAGCCCGCCGGUCAGAUUCUUACCUUUACCUGCUCCUCCACCUGCCCACAUCCACCUUCCGGCUUCACAUGGCAGUCCGAGGCGCGCGCUGUGGCGGGAAGGCGCAGCGGCGGCUGAGGACGCAGUCUGCUCUCCGGGUUGGUCUCUCCUCCGCGGAGCCGCUCUUCCAUGGAAACAAACCCUUCAGAUGAACAUGUCGGCUCCUCUCUGGAGGUUUCACCCGCGGCUCUGCUCACUCUGCGGCCGCCGCGUCCCGCCUCACGGCUCCGGGUUGAAAGAAGAGUCGGAGCCGCGCAACGUGACAGAGGUGCUGGGGGGAGGAGGAGGAGGAUGA